AUGCGUAAUGUAAUGGUUGGUGAAGAGGACAAAAAGGAAAUCUCCAUGGAACUACUGGCGGAUUCGGUAGAGCAUUGUAAAAUCCUCCUGUUAAGCUCCCAUAGGAGGGGUAGUAUCGGACAUACACAUGCAGUACAAGAUACGGUAGCCGAUUAUUUCAGUUCAGGACCGCAUCCCAACAUCUGCUCCAUAGUCUUUGGUGCAGUCAUGGUGUCGUCGCCGUCGUCGUCAUUGGACGCCGCCGCCGACUUGACUGCCCAACACAGUGACGAUUCCUUAUCGCAACGUGCUGCAAUCGCUCAUACAGCCGACCGAGCGCUCGCCAUUGAAAACAAAACGACGCCACGAAUACCGUAUCGACGGUGGAAGAUGAACUUGUUCGGUGAAAGGACAAGAAACACUAAGAAGUUCAGAUCAGAAGUCAGUGUAACUGAACUGCUAUGGUGA